CUCUACAGGUCCAGUGCUUGGUGUGUUCAACUGAACUGAAGUAUCAUGAGAAUACUUCCUCCAUGAUUAGGCACUUCACUGCCAAACAUGGAGCUGCUGUGAACCAGGGGAACAUACAUGUGGACCGGAAGCGAGAGCUGGAGGGGGCCCUUGUGAAUAUGGUGGUGAAAGACUCGCAGCCUUUUUCCAUCGUGGAUGACUGUGGCUUCAAGGAGCUUGUGGCCUUGCUUGAUCCUAGAUACACUCUUCCAUCCAGAGGGGUUCUAAAGGAGAUGGUGGUCAAGCGUUAUGAGGAGGAGAAGACGAAGGCCAAGGCUGUCAUGCAGAGGGUAGAGGCUGUGAGCCUGACUGCUGAUAUGUGGACCUCCAUUAAUAUGGACGCAUAUCUAGCAGUGACCUGUCAUUAUGUGGAUGACUCUGCGAAGCUGGCCACAGUGAUUUUGGGAGUGCUGCCUUUCCCUGAAGCUCAUACAGCGGUUAACAUCACUGCUGCAAUGAGGUCUCUCAUGGAGGAAUGGGGCACUGAAGGCAAAGUGACCUCAAUUGUGACGGAUGCAGGAGUAAAUAUGGUUGCCUUUGUCAGAAGUUUAAAUCUAAGACAUGCACUUUGCUUUGCUCAUUCACUAAAUGUAGUGGUGAAGAAAUCUCUGGAUGCAACUCCUGGCCUACAAGACCUACGCAAAAGGGCUAGAAAAGUAGUCACGUUCUUUAAAACCAGCACAACAGCAAAAGAGAAGCUCAGAGAAGUGCAGGAGCAGAUGAAUCGCCCUGUGCUGAAGCUUAUUCAGGAAGUGGACACCCGCUGGAACAGCACCUACCUAAUGCUACAAUGCCUUUUCAAAGAGAGACAGUCAGUGGGGGCAGCUCUUGCGAUGCUGAAAACAGACGUGAGACCUCUGUCCUCUGAGGACUAAGCGGACGCAUGCCUGCAAUUGCUCUCCCCCUUUUUCCAGGCAACAGUAGAACUCUCCGAGGAGAAGAGAGUCUCAGGGUCCAAGAUCAUCCCAAUGACGAACAUGUUAAUGCUCUACUUGUACGACACAAUUGGAAAAACAAGCCACGACACUGCAAAACUACUGGGACAGAACAUGGUGUCAAAUAUGCAAAACAAGUUUGACACCACGGAGAGCCAAACUGCAUUGAUCCUGUCAACACUGCUGGAUCCUAGAUUCAAAACUAUUGGAUUCUACAAUCAAGUACAGGCAGCGGCAUCAGUUAAACGACUGACAGCAUUUUGCAAACAACUGAGGAAAAACGCACAACCUGACACACCUACAGAAGAACAGCCCUCCACAUCAGCUCAACCGGCACCAGCAAAUGUUGAAAAUCCAUCAUCCACAGGUCUUAACCUUUGGGAAACUCUGGACAGAGAUGCUUCUGAAGCGAGGACGGCAAGGAAUGCCACAGCAGAUGCUACAGUGGAGGUGCAGCGGUACAUGACUAAUCCACCGCUGGAAAGAUCGAAAGACCCACUGGCAUACUGGGUGGACCAUCAAAAUGUGUAUUCCAAUCUGUUCAAACUGGCGAAACAAUGUUUAUGCAUGCCAGCAUUAUCGGUUCCA